AUGUGGAUGCAACAAGUGGCGCCCUGUGGGGUUGGUGGUGUGCAAAUAACGAUGUUUUACUCCAUCCCCUGCAGAGACCACAACCCUUGCGCUUUGGAAAGUAGAAAUUCAUCCUUCUGGCAGGAGAAGGUGCCCAGGAAGUCUCCAGCUGUGACAAUUUGCAGGGGAACCAUGAGACAUCCAAAUGGGGAGAGUCCCAUAUGUCAGGAGGUGUUUGGAGGUGACCCAGGGCAGAAGACAACCAAGUGGACUCUUGACUCAAGGGAUGCCUCGGAGCCGUCUGCUUGGAGCAGUGAGAUGAAAGGGAGACACCCUUUGAUGUGUUUGCCGUUCACACAGUGCGUCUGUGGGGAAUCAACCGGAGCACUUCUGCAGCACCUUCCACCACUGUUAAUCACCCAGGAGCUGCUGCUGGGUGGACGUCAACUUUUUCUUGAUGUGGAGGAGAGCAGGAAUGCUGUCAAUGCCAGGCAUCAGUCUUUCUGUUGCAGACUCCAGGCAUUAUUGGUUUGGGCCCAGUUCUCCAAAGUUCUUUGCAAACUAAGUGGCUUUAUUGAGGUGACCCUUUGGGCAGGUGCCAUGCUCUGCCACCCUCCCUCGUUGGCUGGAUGGCUCCUUGCAUCUCCCAGCCAGCCAAGCCUGUCAUGCAAAGUUGCCAUCUCCAGCACUGUACGCAGAGCACCGUGUGAACAGCAGGCUCUGAGCAUGCUGCCUCACAGCCUCCAGUGCAAAGGUGGCCCCAGGGCACUUCCCAUGGAUUUUCCACCCACAGGUGCCACCACCCUUCUGGAAGGAAGCAGUCAGCCUUGUUUUGAGCUGCUGCCUUGCAAAUGCAUCCUCUCUAGCACACAUCUGCCUGACCCAGGACAAAGCAACCUGUGGCCUCAAGGAGUGAAACACGGCCUUGAAAACUGAAAGUGCUGUACACAGACAGAGCAAGUGAUGCUCUCCACUAGCUCCUGUGACAAUCACCUUUCUGCUUUUCAGUCUUUGUCAGGAACAGGAAUGAUCCCUAUAGUUUCUUUUCCUGCCUGGUGCUGCCUUCACAUCUGCUGCAGAGCAGAAAUUAAAGGAGAUGGAUGCAGACCUUGGUCUGCUUUGUGGAAAUAUUUGUAGUAUUUUCAGUUUAGGUAAAGGUCUUUCACUAACAAAUCCUACCUGCUGACCCCAAAGCACAUGAGAUCCUCUCAGAUUUUUUGCCAUCAUUCCUCGUGCUUUUGUGUUCCUUCAAACAUUUGUUGCUUCAAACAAUCCUCUUGGAAAAGCUUCUAGCAGCUCUGGAAUGGGUCCCUGGAAACUUAGUGAGCUAGUUGCAAUGCAGAGCUCAGAAGUGCUCUUUCCACAUGUGCUACCUCUUGGAAGCCAAGGAGGCAUUCCUAGGGCCAGGAAGAGAGAGUGUAUGCCACCAUGUGGCAGCAGAUUCCCAAGUGUGGAGCUCAGGAGAGCUUGAGGCAAGCCCAGCUUAUAGCUCAGGCUGGAGGAGGGCCUGGCCCUUGUAGGCAGAGCUUCAGCAAGGAGUUAUGACCUUCUGUGCAUGGACAGGGAGGUGCUGUACAAGCACCCUGUCCCAUCUCCAAAGGCACCAGCCACCCCCUCUGUGAAGGUAAGAUUUAUUCUGCAAUUGAGCAGCCCUGGAAUUUACCAUGGAAGACAAUAUUAAUCUGAGAAUUGUGUUCCAGCACCAAAGACUCAUUAUUCACAGUGACAGCCUGCAGAGCUGAAAAUAAACAAAGAACAAAGUCAAAUCAAGUAGCUUUGGACAGAAACCACCCUGCCUCAAGGCAGAAGACGACUUCUAAGCAAGAGAGACAACUUCUGAGGAAGAAACUCUUUUGGAAGCACAUUAUCCCACUGAUGCAAAGCUUCUUCCUUUUCUCUCAGAAGCAACCAAAUACUGGCCUGCCAGGAAACUUUGGAGGAAAUGUGUCUAAGAGGCUAGACCAUGCUGGCAGACCUCCAAGACCUUGUGCUGAUUUGCCCUGGUGGAGACUCCAACCCGUUGCUGCUGUCUGGGAAAACCAGAUCAGUGUGUCCUUGAGAAGAACAUAUAGACAAUGAGAGUGUGCAUGGGGAAAAAUGGACCAGAUCUACCUCUUCUGCUUCCCUCUGUGCUUGUGCAGGGUAGAGCCAAGCAUUGACUUAGGAAGGCAGGAUGAGCCUGUGGAAAUCAGAUGCAGCACAGAGGAGGAGGAGGAAGAGGAGGAGGAGGAAGGACAUAACAUCUUCAUUAUCAGGAUGGAAAUGUGGAACCUCAACUUUCAAAGGUCAUCCAGUUGGGCUCACACUCCAGCUCACAUUGUCUGGAGAAACAGGUCUUCAU